AUGGAAGAUUUAGAGGUGGAUGAUGUCGAGCUGGUGGACCUCGGACCUGAGAUAGGACAACAGUUACGCGACAUUGAGCUCCCGUCCUCGACAUAUGGAGGAUCUUACCGUCCUGGUUCUUCCCAGUAUACGUCCAGACCAAACUCGUCCCUUGGACACGCAGGGAACAACUCGAAUGGGGGCUCAUCACUCAUGUCACUCCCGUCAGCUACACUCGAUCGCUUCGCCAAAUUGAGAAGUGGGCUGAAUAAUGGGUGCCAAUGCGGUGGUGUCCGGAGAAUCUGUCGUCGUUUCCCUACCGAGCAGCAAGGUCGCUUGGUAUAUGACAUGCUGAGGAGUGAACACCAUGAUCUCGUUGACCCUUAUCUUGUCAGAGAUGGUGAUGACUUCAGGAUGACCGUGACUCGGUACGAGGAGCUGUGCAGCAAGCAGGUCAAGAAGAAUCACUUGAAGCUUUACCGCGCCCCUCUUGCCUUUGCUCCUCACCCGGCCAACGUCCAGAGGUCCGUCCCCAUCGACCCCUGGCUCCUGGGCUUCUGGCUUGGUGAUGGGUCCACAGGCGGCCCGAUCGUCUCCAGCUCCGAUCUUGAGGUCAAAGUCUGGCUUCAUAGCCAUGUUGCGGAGCUCAACGCCAGCAGGCCAGCCGGGGCUCGCCCGCUCCACGUCAGCGAGCACCUCCAGCAGAAGGCUGGUGAUGCUAUUCCGGGGACUAAUCACUAUGCCAACCACAAUACUUACACAUAUAAGAUCUCCAGUCAGGAGGGGAUGCCUGGGUAUCACUGGAAUCCCAUCCAGGAUGGCCUCCGUUCCCUUGGUCUCCUUGGUGACAAGAGUGGUGGUAUCCCCGACUGCUAUAAGACUGCGGAUGAGGCUACUCGGCUGGCUGUCAUCGCUGGCCUCAUCGAUUCUGAUGGCUGCUAUGUGAAGUCACACAAUACCUACCGUUUUACGCAGCGCACCGAUGAGCAUAGGAAAAUCGUGGAGGAUCUCCGCGACUUGGCACUGAGUUGCGGUAUCUCUGUCACAGGCAUUGACAGAGAAGUCAAUAACCAGAAGUUUGGGGAUGGGUGGUCAGAUAUUCCUGGCGAUGUCUUCAUUUGCUACCUUGGCAAGGGGUCUGCUAAGUUCCAGCAAUACCUCCUCAUGCCUCGCAAGAAGAUGAACAUGGCCAAGACCUAUUACAAUGACGAUGCCCGCCCCUUCACGGUCACAGACGUUGAGGAGGAUGAUUAUCGCGCGAUUCAGGUCUCAGGGUCCCUAUUUCAGCUUGGGAAUGGCCUCGUUACUCACAAUUGUCAUUUGGUUUGUGAUUUGAGAUCCCCAAUUGCCGAGUUUUGCUAA